UCAUUAACCGAGCAGGAGAAAAUAACAUUAAAAUCACAUUCCACAAAAUGAUUCACUUUUAGGAAAUAAGAAAGAAAGAGUUGUGUCUAGCAAAUCGAAAUCGUGUAUAAAUCAACAUUUAUUUUGUAAGAUUAAAGUUAUUCAAGAGAUUUUAGCAAUUUUUGACAUACGGACGUAUUAGUGAAGUAACAGAAAUGUACUGAAUUCUAUUGAAACUUCGUGAAAGCGCAUGAAAGGGAAUUUUACACACAGGGGCCAAAUGCAAGAAUAUGGUAGUGAAAAAGCAGCUGAACAAUGCGAAGUCUCUGAGGCUAGGGAGAAAUCACUGGAAAGCCAUCCUGGAAAAGUUCAAUAUACCGUUACACAAAAAAGUUAUGGGUGUUCCAAAGAUCUUGAUCACAGUAAGCAUUCAUAUGGAACAAUAACGUCCGGAAUAUUAUACGAGUCUAGCAGCCAAUCAUACAAGAGUCAGAGGUAUAACAAUACGUCUGUACCAACAUUUAGCUCACCGCCAAAUUCUCCACUAAUUGGAGUGAUUUUCAAACCUUCAUCCCCUAACUUCAACAGUAGAUCUACGAUGAGUGACCAUCUCAAUUCGGACAGGCGUUCACAAAGUUCAUGGUCGAUAUCAAACCAGGAACCUAUUGGCACAGGGGCGAAGAAGAAAAUAGUUAAAAGUCAGGAUAAACGUACUGCAUAUAAUUCGAACCCUCGUUACAACGAACGUUACAAAGAAACAUUCACAGAAAUUGAUCCUGGCAGAAAACAAGAUCGUAAUCUGAGAUCUGAAUCUUCAACUAGCCUUGAUUUUUUCGCAGAAGGUGAAAGAAUGGUGUCUGAGCUUUGUAAUAUUCCCGAUCAAAGCAUGAAAUAUGAUUCUAAUACAAAAAAUAAUCAGAAAGGAAUCAAUCAAGAUGAAGAAAGAAGUAAGUCCACUGGUUCUUCAGAAGUUUUACUCACUGCUUUAGACAAAAUUAUAAUUCACGACCAGAUUCCAAACCAAAUUGUUCAACUUGCAAUUGAAGCAUGCACUGACGCUGAAAAUAUAGCAAUCGCUCAUCAUAAUCGACCAUGUUUCAAAAAUAUACACUCUAUAUGCGCAAAAACAAGAUCUAAUGUUCAAAAGCCCGAUAGCGCGGUGGCUAACUUACACUCGCAAGGUAUCCCUUGGGUAAUAAAGAAUUUUAUAUUUUCAUUUGUUAGAAUAUUGGAUGGAUGGAAAGGCGUUAAAGAACUGCUUAGUGAAAAGCAUGACACAUUUUCUCGAAUUGAAAAUAAAUAUUAUAGCCCAAAUAUAAGGGAAUGUUUCGUGCAGUGGCAAGCAAUCACAAAAGAAAUGCUGACUCACAUCUACAAAACAUUCAAAUGCCUUGAUCACGGAUUUACGAUGGAACAGAAGAGCUUUACGCACAAUUAUUAUGCAACAAAUUCUGCGGCACCUCGUCAUCAAAAUCAAAAUAAAUUUCAAACCGUAAAAUCACACAUUAGUACUCCUCGGACUGUAAAUUCUUCACCUCAACCUUAUAAUGCGGUCCAACCGCCAUGGCUUCAAAACCAAAAUCAAACUCCGGUUCAGAGUUUAAGUGAAGGGCCAUGGCCAUCGAGACCCAAUGUCAGUUACAAGAAAUUUCCUGUGGUUCCACCACCGAAUAGUCAAAAUUUUUAUCCACUUACUGAGCAAAACGAACUCGAGUAUCAAAAAUCUCAGUAUAAAUGCGAUCCUUUCAUCAGGGAAGCAAAGCCUCGCCAGUCGUGGACUAUUACUAAUAUUCCUGAUUUUCGAACGAUAGAGAGUAUCUGUCACGCCGAUCAGAGAGAACUGUACAAUCAACUAAGACAUAAAAUGGAUGCUGAACUUGGAAAAGCUCCAGGACAACAAUUAUUUGGUACUUUGCCAUUGGAUGUAAUGCAACGGCGAGAAAUGGAAUUAAAAGCAAAAAUGAUUCCUGUAAGUCAUGUUGAAAAAACCUUAAUACCAAAUAUGUCUACAGCAGCUGAACUUAAAAACUGUUAUAUGCAGAAAAAUAAUAGCUGCGGUGAUACAAAGGAAGAAAAUGAUUUUUUUGCGACAUGGGGUCAGAUGGUAAAAGAACCUAGUGAUUUUUUAUCAAAUCACACUCAUAACUUUCAAAUACCAUCAAAUGUCACACUAUCGAAUAGUAUUACAUCUGGCCCCGUACAAUUUUUAGACACCGAAAACGAUGAAUUUCACGAAAUGUCCAAAGUUUACAUGAAACCUGGAAGCUAUAAGGUUCCGAUAAAACCUGCUGAUCCACUACCACCAUUUAUGCAAGGGUCAACUCAUGAUACACCUUUUGAAAAUUCUGUGGAUGAAGUAAUCUCUUUGAAAAUGAAAAGCGCAUUUACGCCAGUAACGUUAGCGCCUCAGCCGAAGUAUAAUACAGAGUCAUGGCCGUGUCUGAUACCGCGUAGAACAGAAGAGAUAUUUAGUGAAGAUCAAAAGAUUAUUCGAAAUGUUAUACCACCAUUAGAAAUGAAAGGAAUGGAUUCACUAGAUAUUUUAAGUUCAAUGACAUCAGAUCGAGCUUGGGAAGCAGCGAAGUUGUCUGCUCCUAAAUUAAUGGAUUUCCUUCACGAAGGCUGUAAAUCUGACACAGCACGGUUGUAUGAUGCUUUAGGCUUAUGUACAAGUGAGGAAUUUUCAGCAGAAAUGAAACAAAAUGAUAAUGAAAAAACUAGAAAUGAUAUGUGGGCAAGUUACAUCAAAUCGCAAAUACAAAAUAUUGUUUGGGAAAAUGCUGUUAAACAAGAUCUUACUCAGGCCCAUAAUUGUGACGAUGAAGCAAAGUAUCCUGACACAGAGUUAAGAACUCCAUUCAUCGAGGAUAGUGUUGCGAUGACUACUGGAGAACCUGAGGAGCAUAAAGAAACCCGCUGUCCCAACUUUGACCAAACAGGAAAUUACGUAAGGGAAGAUAAUCAAAAGAAACCUCCAAGUAAAUCAAAAGUAGCAAUUUCAGGAAUGUGGUAUCAUCCAAAAAAGAAGAAACCGCUACCACCGAAUACUGUCAAAAAAUUUGAAAAUAUAAUAUCUAAUUUAUCUCGCCUUGAUGAGGCCGCAUUCAUUCAACACGACAUGGACAUAAAAACGGCUCCCAGAUUUUAUGAGAUUGUAAAAUAUCCCAUGUGUCUUAACGAUAUUUUGACAAAAUUAAGGAACUCUUCAUAUACAGAAAUAGAUCAGGUCAUACAAGAUUUUAGAAGAAUUUUUAAUAACGUUAAGCUAUAUUUAAAGAGUUACCCAGAUACGAUGAUGAAGAAAAAUGUAAACAAAAUUGCUAUGGAGUUUGAAAACGUACUAAAUGAAGAAUUCCCUAUAAAAAUGGAUACCAACAAUGAUGUUGCAGACAACAUCAAAGAUAAAAUACAAAAAGAUAUGCUGGACGAUAAAAAGAUACAAACAGAUAAUAAGCAAAACAAAGAAGAAAAAUAAGUAAAAAGAGAUUGCCAUGUAUAAAUUUCAGUCUUUUAUAUCUUAUCAAGUAAGGAAAACGAUACAUACGAGAUUAUUUUGGAAUAUAUUUUAAAUAUCCUUUUAUUUCUAUGUACAUAUUAUAUGUAUUUUACUGCAUCAGUAUUGCGCAGCAUUACCUGUCUCUAGCUGGUAAUCCUACAAAGCAACUACGCGGUAAAUAUGUUUAUAUUAGCAAUUAACAAGGUAAUAUUCAAAUAUUGAUCCAAGAUCAUUCUAGUCAACUGUUGUUUUUUAUGUAAAUGUCAGUGAUGUUAUCGGAACUAGUGCUUAAUAAUAAGGCUAUGCGUAUUCCUAAGAACUUGCCAGUUUUUUGACUAGACUUUUUCUCCUGGAUUGGAGUUGCAAUACUUUUCCUUAUUACUCUUCUCUUCUAUUCUUUCACCAUUAGAUUUUAAUUUAAUUUAUAUUUGUUAUAUUUAUAGUAAUGUACUUACUCUUUUCAUUUCCAUAAGUUUUCAAUUUUCAUGCCUCGCUCUCAUUAAAUUGACGUUAAUUUGACAUUUGGGUCGUUUGGUUUUGGCAAGUUAUUGUAAAUUAGUUCUGCUUUCGUACAAGCGAUGUUCAGAUUCAUUUCAACGCUGUAAGUGACACUAUCUGUGAUCUAUAUUAAGGUAAAAGUUGAUUUUUGAAUCACAAUACACGAUUAAAUAGAUGUAAUUUUAUUUGUAAAUAAACGUGAGUUAACUGUAUAAAAUUAUUUGUUUUGGCUACGUUCCAAUUUGAAAUAUAGUCUUACAUAGUAUAAUAAUUAGAAACUGCGGUCGUUUGCGCGUCUUUAAACUUAUUCGAUUUUGCUUCCGUUUUUUUUAUUUGUUUCCUGUGUUCUUCAUUGGUGUUACUGUUUUUUUAAAUAUUUUUGAUCGAAUUUUAUACGCCAUAGCGUUAAGUGAAUUCUCAUUGAUGUCAUUAUUUGAUUGAAAUUCGGCCAAGUUAUUAUUUAGUGUUUUUUUAUUUAAAAUUUCAAAUUCUAUUUAAUGACAUAACGUCGAGUUAACUUUAAGUAUUCAUUAAGUCAUGAUUUUAUUAUUUAACUUAUUUAUCUAAAAUUAUGGCAAGGAACUCGUACGGUAAUAAAUUGAUUUAUAUAAAUAAUUUGUUUCAAUCACAUGUUUUCUGAAGAACAAUCAGUUGUUCUCCUGAGUUAUUGGUCCACAAAGCAACAACUACGUCAAUGGAAAACCUUCCUCUUCUCUUCAGUACAUGUACCCUUCCUCUUUCAUUCCAUAUAUUUGUUGUAUGCAUAAGGGCAUAUAUAAGGGCACUUACUUAUGGGCUCCUUUGGACAGGAUGCCGGCUAGGUUAUGGGUACCGCAACGGUGCCUUUUUCUGCCAAGAAGCAGUAAUGUGUGAAAUGUAGCUAGUGAAAUUACUGGGCAAAUGGGACCUAAGCAUCUCAUCUCUCAAGUAAUCGGCUGCAAGCCUCUCAGAAAUUUUGGGAUUUUCAAGAAUCCUGCGGCACUGCAAUUGUAGUGGGCAGGGCGUAACAUAAGCAUUUAAAAAUGUGAGUUCGUUAUACGGCGCAGGCUCCGACCAAGACGAUACAUCGAUUACGGAUCCAGGGGGUCUACUCUCUUUGUCCAAAUCGAAACAUCGUAAACGAACGAAAUUUAAACGAAGCUUCGAUAGUGUUACUCUAUUUUGUUUUCGGACACAUCAACGUACUUCGGAACUAUAGACAAUAUUCGUGAACGAAUGGUGAACGGUUGAAAUUAAUGUUAUUUGUAUCGGACUAAUAUGAAGAGUACUAUUUAAUGCCAACGAUGGGUACUAAUUAUAAUGACAACCAAAAGUAUCUGUAUUAUAAACGCAAUGUAAACAUGUCAUAUUAGUACUUCAGAUUUUUUCUUUGAAUUCCUUAAAAAGUUUUGUAAAAAGAAUUUAUAACUAUGCUAAUAAAUGAUCUUUUAAAGUGCUUUUUAACACACCUUGCAAUCGCGAUACCUACUCGUUUUAUCAGAAAGUUUCAAGUAAAUAUCAGUUAUAUUCUUAUUUGUUUUUUUUCCCUAACAAUAUUGCCUCUACAUAUAACCAUCCUUUUAAAGGUACAUCUUUUCAAAUACACAUGCACAUACGAUGAUGAAGCUAUACCUUAAAUUUGUAUGUCUGAG